AUGGGAGAAAUGCGGUGUCACAACAGCAACCUACAACUCACGGGUCGGAGAGUCGGAAAGUUGGGCUGGAUGCAGGGGCCACGCACAACUUUGCUCGGGGUAGCACUUGGCCACCACCCGCCCUGGUUGGUUCUUGUUUUCUUUCCUUGCCACUGGGUGUGCCAGCAAGGCCAGGAGGAGAGGAUGCCAGGACCAGACGAGACCAGGACCAAGUCCGCCUUCGGAUUCCCAUAUCUUGACCUCGUCCGACGUCUUUGUCUCGCUUCUGUUCCUCCUCCAACCCCCUUCUUCUCUUCGUACUCUGCACCAGCUGCCGAGCACGUCCUCUCCUUUCCUCGUUCAUCGCCCAUACAGCAGCUAGUUCUGCUUGGGAUUCGUUCAAGUCAUUCUUUCCUCCGUUUACCAACCCAAGCCGCUGGUUCUGGUCGCUGGCGCAAAGACAUCCGCUUCAACACAAUCAUUUCGGUGCUCUGGCAACACCGUGAACCAUUUCCCAUUUCCCUUGAAUAA